AUGCCGAAUAAAUUUGAUCUUCAAUGCAGUAUGUGCCAGCAGCCCUAUGACCUCCAGUGCGCCAACAUUAAAUUGAGUCUUUUUAAUAGAAUGACAGGGGAUCAAAAGACUAAAUGGAAAUGUGGGUUAUGUAUUAAUAAACAGCCGAAAACCAAUAAUACAGAUACCCCGGUACGUGUGGGUGUAGAAAGGGUCAAUAGAAAUAGAGGUGCAGCAGCAGUGAGUCCGCAGGACUUACUAGACGACGACAGAGCACAGAGUGAAACUAUACCAGCAAAAGACCUACAAUUGCUUAUGAUGGAGGUACGUCAAUUCAAAGAGGAAAUGGGAGCCACACGUCUCCAAAUAGAAUUACUGAAUGGCACUUUGGCUGGUUUAGCGCUUAGAAUUGAUGAAUCCAAUAGAAAAAUUGAAAAGCUAGAAGCCCAUGUGGGCAUCCUGGUAGGUCGUCUUGCUGAUAGUAGUACGUCGACCGAUGUAGGUUCUUUGCUGGAUACAAUAGAGCAACUAAAGUGUGAUCUCAAUGAGCGUGAUCAGGAACUAUUGUGUAAUGAUAUAGAGAUUACUAGCAUCCCUGAAGAGAGGGGUGUAAACUUAAUACACAUUGUCACCACUCUGGCCGUGAAGUUGGGUGUCAACCUUUCUGAGAACGAUUUAGUCUUUUCGAGAUAUCAACAUUCGUACUCGAGGUGCUUCUUUGGGAAGAAGUCGACUUGUUCUUUGUAA